GAAGAAUCAAAUGCUACGCGGGGAGGAACUUCUUUUCAAUCUGGAACCAGGAGAGAGACGAUCGCAAAGUCUUUCUCGUCGCUUUUCUGCUAGAACCAGCCAAUGGCAAACAAGGAGCUUAAAAACCAAGAUGUCAGAUACUGCGUUGAGCGUUCGGUGCUUCACGAGAAGGAGCUUGGUGGGACAUCUCCAACUCCCACCAAUAUAUGGCACUCGGCUUCCAGUGCUGCUAAAAGGAAGCUAAGGUGUUCAAGAUCUGUAGCAAAGUCUGUGCUGUUUCAGUUCAUUCCAAUCUUGCGCUGGUUGCCUCGUUACCCGGUCAAGGAAUGGCUUUUGGGAGAUAUUGUGUCUGGAGUCAGUGUGGGGAUCCUUCAGCUUCCACAAGGUUUGGCGUACGCUCUUUUAGCUGGAAUCCCACCAGUUUUUGGGUUGUAUUCCUCCUUUUUUCCUGUCUUUGUGUACUCUUUCUUUGGAACAUCCAGACACGUUUCAAUAGGGAGUUUUGCUGUUGUCUCCAUUAUGAUUGGAAGUGUGACGGAGACCUUAGUUCCCAAUGAUAACUUUAUACUGCCCGGAAAUGACACAAUCAUUGAUACAACUGCAAGAGACCAAGCCAGGGUAGAGCUCGUGGCCGCCAUAACCUUACUGGUGGGGCUUUUCCAGGUUAUUUUGGGAUUGGUGCAGUUUGGGUUUGUGGUCACUUACCUGUCUGAGCCGCUGGUUCGCGGAUACACCACGGCUGCCACCAUCCAUGUUACCGUGUCUCAACUGAAACAUAUUUUUGGACUCCCCCUCAGUGAGAGAUCCCAGCCGUUGUCUCUGAUUUAUUCGUUGAUCAGUUUGUUUCGCAGGAUCCACCAGACAAAUAUUGGCACCCUCGUUGUUAGUAUCAUUGCCCUGUUUUGCCUCUUCGCAGUGAAGGAAGUCAACCAGAGGUGGCGCUCUAAGUUGCCCAUGCCUAUCCCAAUCGAGCUGGUGGCGCUCAUCAUUUCCACCGCGGUAUCGUAUAGCGUUAACCUACACGAAAGGUUUGGCAUCGGCAUUGUGGGAGAUAUUCCUACUGGAUUGAUAGCGCCCACAGUGCCCAAUACCGACUUGUUCAUUGAUGUGGUUGGCAAUGCGUUCGCCAUCGCCGUGGUCGGAUACACCAUCACCAUCUCGCUAGCGAAAAUGUUUGCAAUGAAGCAUGGUUAUAAAGUUGACAGCAACCAGGAGCUGAUAGCCCUCGGACUCAGUAAUUUAACCGGAAGUUUCUUCCAUUGUUUUGCUGUCACUUCAUCGAUGUCCAGAAGUCUUGUCCAGGAGAGCACGGGAGGGAACACGCAGAUUGCAGGAUCCGUAUCUUCUCUCAUCAUUCUGGUGAUCAUCCUGAAAGCAGGGGAACUGUUCACAAGCCUUCCAAAGGCUAUAUUAUCAGCUAUCGUUAUUGCUAAUUUAAAAGGAAUGUACAAGCAGUUCAUGGAUAUAUCUGUUCUAUGGAGAGCAAACAAGUACGAUCUGCUCAUAUGGAUAGUGACCUUCCUUUCGACCAUCUGCCUCAACCUGGAUAUAGGGCUUGGCGUCUCGGUUGUGUUCGGGCUAUUGACGGUCACUUUCAGGACUCAGCUACCUCAUUACUCAACUCUUGGCCAAGUUGCUGAAACAGAUAUCUACAGGGAUGUAGAAGAAUAUUCCGUGACGAAAGAAAUUGCCGGCAUCAAGAUUUUCAAGUCAAACACUGGGAUUUAUUUUGCGAAUGCCGAGCAUUAUGCCAAAGCCCUGAAGGCAAAGAUGGGUGUCAAUGUUGACAAACUCAUUGAGAAAAAGAAGAAAGCUGCCAUGAAACGAAAGAGGGGUUUACAUAAAGUUAUCAAUCUGGCAAAAAAAAUUCUGGCAAACACACAAAGGGGAACUGGUUUGGAAUUUUUGAUGAACAGGGAAGGCAUGGUGGGGAGUCUGAGAACUCUGAGUGAGGUUAUGCCGAAUGCACCCACCCUCCAAUCUUUGGGUUUAGAGACACUUGAUUUCCACUCCCUCAUCCUGGAUUUUGCGGCCGUUGGUUUCAUAGACACGGUUGGAGUAAAGAUGUUAAAAAACGUUUUUGAAGAAUUCCACGAGAUUGAAGUUGACGUUUAUAUUACCAACUGUCCUUCUGACGUUUUAAGGCAACUAGAGCGCAGUCAUUUCUUCAACGAGACCUUCACUCCAGCCUUGGUCUUUGCAACGACCCAUGACGCGGUUUCCUAUCUCUCUCAGAACCAUGAAUCCAGUUCAAUCCAAGAAGUAACGGCAAUUUAAUCGGUUUCCUUUCUCAUUGAAAACCUGGACAGCCGAAACGCGGAUGAUUGUAUUUAUCACUGUAGCCAAAGCUUUGGGACUUUUAAAGACAUAGCCCUGGAGAACACUGUCAAAUGUACAUUCACAUUCCAUAGCUGGACUUCCAUAAGGCCCACCAGACAAUUGUUUACAGGAUUAUUUUAGGAGAUUAGAACAGCUAUGGUGCUGGUAACAUGCCCAAAAUGUAACACUUUACAAUCUAAACAUCUCUGAGGCUUUGGUCUUCAAGCACUUAGGGUAUGGACCUUCUCAAUCACAAUUUCCACAUUAUCAUAUUUUUUGAUUGCCCCGACCCACAGUUUAAAGGAAAAAAGACAAACGCAAAUCAACAGUUAUUCCAUGAGCACCAUAUCUGAGGAUUUUGAGAUGUCUACGAUUAACGUUCAACCAAUUAAAAUCUCUCAUUCAAAAAUAGGCAUUUAUUCCUUUUGUGAAAUAAUCAAUCCUUAUGGUACGCUGUGUCUUGUAUCUUUAAUAAAAAGAAUAAAGAAACAAGUAUGAAGCUCUUGUGAGUGCA